GCGCAGAAUUUCAAAGUUUGUUGAUGCUGCUCCUGUGAAAACCACAAGGUCAUUUCCUGCAGAUUUCGCCGAAUUUGUGGGUUAGAUUAUGGAGCUGCUGAGUGAGUUUGACCCAGCCCUGCCUAUGGGUGCUAACUACUGCAGUAACCAGCUGACAGCUGAGGAGUAUGAACAGCAGGGGUCCGACGCCACCAGACAGGCACUUCUGGAACUACAGGAGGCGAUGAAGCAAAAUCCUGAGCUGUACAGACAGGUUCUGGGGAAGAAGAGAAUAGACGAGGGAAAUGUCUUCUCAAAACUCAAGGGGAAGCUGAUGACUGCUGUGAAGGGUGAUGAGUAUGGGAAGGAGAAAGUGACAGAGUUGGAAACUCAAGUGAAGAUGGCCGAGCUGCAUGAAGAGAUGUUUAAAGUGUUUGACUAUGCACAAGAGGAAAAGACCAUGACUAGAAAGUCUCAGAGAUUGGCAGAAAAAAGAGCGAAGAAAGUCAAAGAGCAGCCAGCUGCCACCCCCGAGAAAUCUUCCUCUGGUGAGGGGGAUACCUACACUACACCCCCUCAGUUUGUCCCACCACCCCCUCCCCCGUACCCCCCUCCAGUAGUGGGUACGCCCAUGGCACUCAGGGAGAGAACCAACAUGCAGUCUACUCCUGCACCUGCUGCCAAGAAGAGGGUUGCUGACAAGAAUGGGCCCAUGCAUGGCUCCAGCACAUCUAUCAACAGUGUCCACUCUGAGCUCCUGGCCUCCAACCAGAUGCUUCGCCUCAGGCCAACAAGGGUUAAACGAUCUCCAGGAGGCACCCCGUUCUACCGCUCCAGACACGCCCGCCCUAAGCUGAAGGCUGUGGAGAUGUCGUAUGACAGCGUCAGCAGCUUCAACCUCAGCAGUCCAUUCAGCCUCUUCAACUGCUCCCUGCUGCAGAAGUUCCGCAACGCCCGCAGCCCAGCCAGUCCCGCAGACAACCCGCCAGACUCCCCACACAGCCCAAAUACCUUCUCUCCCUGAAAAUUCACAUACAUUUUUGACCACAUAUCUUUGUACAGCCUUGUCUGUUUUAUCUUUUCUUUCAUUCAUUGAAUCAUUCAUUAUAAUUCAAAUCAAAGUACAAAUGUAUAUAAAUAUUUGUAACUCCUUGUUGGACUUCAAAACAAAGAGUGUGGUCAAUAAGCUUAGUUUGUUUCAACAGUGUUGUCAAUCAUAUCAAAAAUGACUGUGCUUGUCCAAUAUCAUAUCAUUUUGUUAUGGUGACUUCUAAAUACUUGUAGUAGUUUACAGUAAUCAUGCUUGUAUAUUCUGUCACAAUUUCUGAACCUUUCAAAUUACCAUUUUCUGUCAGCAACUUAUUUUAAAUGUUCUUGAUCCCUGAGAAAGUGUUCAAAGAUGAUACAUGUAUACACAGAGGAUCGACUAGAUCCUACACAGCAUCAUGGUUAGGUAACAUUACACCUUCUUCGAGUUCAAGGUAAUCGAGAGCUCAAAAGGAGGACAUGCAUAUACAAGCUCAAAGUCCCAUUAGCUAGAAACAGGGCCAGUGGCCAGUAAUAUAUAAUUUUGUUAAUCCCAAUGUAAUCUCAGGUUUAACUUGACAACAUUCCAAAAACUGAAGAAAGGAUCAUGAAAUUAUGUCUUCACUGUAAAUACAUGUACAUGUAUGUCCACAAUAGCUAUGCUCAGCACAAAGGUACAGAUAUUAGAAAAAAAAGAAGCAAAGAUUAAUAUUUUUCAACAAAAUCUUCAAGAAACUUACGAUCAUGUCAAAGUGGAAAAAUAGUGCUGAAGAAUUUAUGUUAAGGUUAGUAGCAGGUAGAUGCAUUUUUUGGCUCAUUGUAAGCAAAAGCAUUGUUUAAAAAACCCCAGUUUUUCAUCUUAGAUGUGCCAGCAAUCUCAAGUUGAAUUUGCACAUUUAUAGGUUGGUUAUUAUGUUGACAUACAUUUUCUGUAUCACUGUAUGUAAUACUAUAAUAAUAUUAUACACAUGUUAAAAGGAUACCAAAGAGACUGUAACAAUACAGCCUUCUACUAAAAAUGUAUAUGUGAAACAAUAUGCAAAAAAUAAAUGCUGUAACCUCAA